AUGGCGGCGGCGGCGGCUGACGGGGCGGGAGGGGGGGUUGGCUGCGGGCCGGGAGCUGCUGUGAUGCGGCGACAGGGAGUGGGCAGGAGACAGUUGGACGAGACGGACCGGACAGAAGGACCAUCCCGCACCACCCCAGCUGUCAAUUUCCGCACCGUUUCCUGCCGGCAACGCCGGGACUCGAAUCGCUUCGCACCGCGCAAACCGCCCCAUUCCAGCGGGGCGGUGCCGCUCCGUGCGAUUGACGGAGGGAAAACCAAUGGCCGCCUUAGGGCCUCCCCGCAACCGAGCCGCUGUGGGUGGUGGAAAGGGGUGGUGGCCGUUUGGCUUCCACCACAAGGCUGGGGGGCGGGGCUAAGCGUUCUGUCAGGGCUCCGCGGCGGCGUGAGGCGGCGGCUGGGUCGGAGGAGAGGGACGGAGGCCGAGUCGUCCGGUCCGGUCCGACGUGACUUGCGGUGCCGCCGUCUCCCACUGUCUCUUGUCGCCGCAGGAGCCCGCCCUGCUGCGGCCGCGGGGAGGGGUGGCUGCCCCCGCUGUCCUGCGGGGACCGCGUCGCUGCCUCACGUCUGUCCCCUCGCAUGCCGCUGCCUGCCCGCCCCGCUGCCCGCCGAGGUGGCUUGGCCCCCCCGGGCACCAGGAUGGGCGGCAGGAGCUGAUCCGUCGGGGAGGUCGGGGGGAGCGACGAGGAGGAUGAGCCGCGCGGGAAGCCCGGUGAAAACCUACGAUUUCCUGCUGAAAUUCCUGCUGGUGGGGGACAGCGAGGUGGGCAAGGGGGAGAUCCUGGCCAGCCUGCGGGACGGAUCCCCCGAGUCGCCCUACGGGUACAGCACGGUGCUGAGCCUGCAGGACCUUUGUUGCCGUGCCAUAGUUUCCUGUACCCUGUGCAUCUUGUUGAGAAGCUCCCUCUCCCUGCUGCCUCAAGAAGCCAUCUCAAAUCUUUCUCCAUGGCAAAUGGCCUUAAUGCCAGGAUGAUGCAUGGACGCUCCUACUCCCUCACAUCCAGCAACAUCAAUAAAAGGAACAGCUUAAUGAAAGCUAAAAUCAUCUGUCCACCACAGAGCCUGACAAAAAACUGUGCAAGAAACAACUGUAAAAUUUCUUAAGCUCUCUGUGGGAAAAGGAACCUGGAUGGAAUCCCCUCAUGUGAAGCCCUGAACACAAGAGCUCCUAAUUUAGUGAUUGAGCACACUCUGUAUGGAUCACGCUACACAGGCAAAAAUAAGUCUGAUUUUGGAGGUUGAUCACCACCAGUAAUGCUGCUUUGGAAUGAAUGACAUAGUCAGUGCUACUGAAAGGACCUGACAUUUUGCUAUUGAAUUUUCCUACUGUAUUUUAGUUUCUGAUGUGCAUGGUGCUGUUGGUUUUAUGAGUAGAUGUGUCUUCAUAUAGAGGGUAAUUAUUAUA